CCUCCUUUCCGCUUCCGGUGUCCCCUACAGUCAUGGCUGCCGCCGUCGCUGCUGCCGGUGCAGGGGAACCCCAGUCCCCGGACGAAUUGCUCCCGAAAGGCGACGCGGAGAAGCCUGAGGAGGAGCUGGAGGAGGACGACGAUGAGGAGCUAGAUGAGACCCUGUCGGAGAGACUAUGGGGCCUGACGGAGAUGUUUCCGGAGAGAGUCCGGUCCGCGGCCGGAGCCACUUUUGAUCUUUCCCUCUUUGUGGCUCAGAAAAUGUACAGGUUUUCCAGGGCAGCCUUGUGGAUUGGGACCACUUCCUUUAUGAUCCUGGUUCUUCCCGUUGUCUUUGAGACUGAGAAGUUGCAAAUGGAGCAACAGCAGCAACUGCAGCAGCGGCAGAUACUUCUAGGGCCUAACACAGGGCUCUCAGGAGGAAUGCCAGGGGCUCUACCCUCACUUCCUGGAAAGAUCUAGAUUGUUAUUGCUGUUUGAGCUGUCUCGGUGGGAUAAGUUUGAAAUUCAAGUGUUUGAACUGCUGAUUAUUUGGAUUUUUUUUUUUUUUAACUUUGGCACAUUGAUCUAUCUAAACCUGGUGGGGAGAAUUAUCCCCACAUUGUCUCAUGGAAAGACUCAACUUGCAACUGUGCCCUCCACACUAUGCUUACUUCUGUCUUCACUCUGAUACCAGAGUGCAGCCAUGCAGACGGUUAUUCCAGCUCUGGUCACCCGACUCCUUUCACCAAAUUGCUCCUAACUGGAAGAUCUCACUUUCCCCUUGUGGGGUAGGAACCGAUGCCAGUGGCAGGGAUGUGCCCCUGACCAUUAACGACUACUUUUUUUUUUUUUUUUUUUUUUAAAGAAUGGAGUUGUUGGGGAGGGACAUGCACACAAUGUGAAACAGACAAAAUGCAUUACACCUGUAGUGUAAAGUGGCCACUAUGAAUCCCUGUGUAUGAGAGGAGGGAGGCUGGCUGCAGCUUCAGACACAGAAUGGGGACUAUGGAAGACAGCAGGAGCUCAUUUCUUCUGCACAUUUUGGCUCUUAGAUCUGUGUGUGUGUUUAAAAAAACAGAAGUCAGUGCUCACUUUUUGUAUUUAAAUAUUAAAAAUGAUUCCAACUGAAA